AUUUUAUUUUUCGACUUUUUCGCUAAUUCGAUGAGUACCUGAAUUUCGGCUACUGCGCAGCUACUUAUAAAUACCACGAGCGAGUUAGGCCAGUUAGUUAGAGCCCAGCUUUCGGUGGAGAACAUACAUAGGUAGCAAUGCAUUGUCUUGGAAUACUCGUACUGCUCGUUGGAGCUGUUUGCUGCGUUGCAGCCAAUGGCCAGCACAGGCCUGAGAGACAAACGGGUCCUCACGUCUUCGGUGUUCCCGGCAACCAGGUCUACAUCAGAGGCCAAAACGAUGGAACCUACAAAGUGCCAGGAGUGGGUGGCCAGUUCCAACUCUCAUCCUCGCCAAGGGAGCACAUCUACACAGAUGAGCAGGGAAACACAUAUUUGCACCGAAAGAACGGAGGACCGGGUACCCACACUAUCAGCGGUCCUGGUCCCUUAGUCCCUGGCCCGGUGGCAGUCCCUCACGCACCCAGUCCCGUCGUUUAUGCCCAGCGCAGACCACGUAGCCCUCAGUUCCAUGUAGAGCGUCCUGGUCGAACGGUUGAUUACGGAUCUGAUGGGUUUGUUGUCUCAAGGGAUCGUCGUAGUCCACAGUUUCAUGUGGAGCGUCCUGGACGCACAGUGGAUUAUGGUUCCGAUGGCUUUGUUGUCUCAAGGGAUCGUCGUAGUCCACAGUUUCAUGUGGAGCGUCCUGGUCGGACUGUGGACGUAGGCCCCGGAGGAUUUGUCAUACAAAGGAGAAGUCGCAGCAUCAACGAUGGCCGCGUCCAAGGUGAGAACUUUGUGGCUCGCGAUGAUCAGGCUGGCGUUUGGAAUGACGAUGUUUCGGUAUGGAGGCGUCCGGAUGGGCGAACCGUCUCUGUAGGCCCCGAUGGAAGCACCAUAGUUUCUGGACAUGGUCAUACGCAACAUUACAAUUAGCCAGCAUGAAUAUAAAU